AACCACACCUUUAGCUUGUUUCUUGAAAUUUAUUUGUAAUAGACAAGCUAAGAGUUUCUUCAAAGCUGAUUUAUUGGGAUUAUAGGAGGUGUGUUUUUCUGGGAACAUAUCUUUGGAGUUGAAUGCUAACAAGAAGAGAUUGAAGUUAAUCUAUUUAAGUGAAUGCUUUAAGUUGAACUCUGCAAAUUGUGAAAGAAAGAGGUUUCUUGAGUUCAUCCUUUUCAUUUGUAGGUUGUAUCGUUUAAUAAUAGAGAUAAGAGAUGGGUUGAGAUGAGUAAGCCCAUAGUGGUGAGAAAUAAAAGGCCAAGGCCACUCUUGGGUUGUCGUCUACUUGGGAUUCGGAUCAAUUUGACUAGGAACGGAUCACAGAGACUGAGAGUGAAGACACCCACCCAAUCAACCUUGUGAAAAUGGCGACACCCCAAUUCCUAUCAUCCUUCCGGUACUCCGACAGUCUAACAGUCGUAGCUAUCUCCUUUUGCACUGCCAUUGUCUGCGAAGCCAUCUCAUGGCUCUUAAUCUACCGCACCAACUCUUACAAAUCCCUCAAAUCCUCUAUCGACAAAGCCGCCAAGAAACUCGAAAUCAUGAAAACCGACCAAAACCCUAGCAAGUUAUCCACCAAAAAAUCCAAAACCAAGAAGAUCGACCGUGUCGAAACCAGCCUCAAAGAAUCCAGCCGUGACCUUUCCUUAUUCAAGUUCAAAUCUGGGGCUGUCGUCGCCCUCGUUUUGAUCGUCGUUUUUGGCUUCUUGAAUUCUCUUUUCGAAGGCAAAGUUGUCGCCAAAUUGCCCUUUAAGCCCAUCGGGAUAGUGAUGAAGAUGAGUCAUAGAGGAUUAAAAGGGGACGAUUCUACCGAUUGCUCCAUGGUCUUUCUCUACUUCUUGUGUUCCAUCAGUAUAAGGACUAAUUUGCAGAAGUUUUUGGGGUUUUCGCCGCCGCGAGGUGCUGCUGGCGCUGGGUUGUUCCCAAUACCUGAUCCCAAGACUAAUUGAGUCUUCUUUUCAGGGAUUAAGGAUCUGGGUAUGUGUUUUUCCUUUUUUAUAAUUUAGCUACUGUUUGAGAAUCAAGAAUUUAGGUAAUGGAUAUUUGGAGUUUUGGGCUUUUAUGUGAUAGUUGGUGACGACAACUGGUUUUAUAUUUUAAAUCAUUGUUUUCUAAUUUUGAUUAUUGUUAACUUUUAUAAGUUCCGGUGUUUGAAUUCUAGUUUGGAAUAAUCAUUGCUUGAUUGUCAUCUUUCUCUAAUCUAUCGAGUAAUUAUGUUCUAGUGAAA